GACUCAAGAAGUGUUUGUUCCUUGACUGUCCUUGCUUACUCCAUUUGAGUGGAUGAUUCUCGCCACCAUCAUUGCCAACUGCAUUGUCUUGGCUCUGGAGCAACAUUUGCCUGAUGGGGACAAGACGCCGCUGUCUGAGCGCCUGGAUGAUACAGAGCCGUACUUCAUUGGGAUCUUUUGUUUUGAGUCUGGAAUAAAGAUCCUGGCGCUCGGUUUCGCCUUCCACAAGAACUCCUACCUGAGGAAUGGUUGGAACGUCAUGGACUUUGUGGUGGUGUGCACAGGGAUCCUGUCCACUAUAGGCUCAGAUUUCGACUUGCGGACUCUCAGGGCUGUGCGAGUAUUGAGGCCCCUUAAACUGGUGUCCGGUAUUCCCAGCUUACAGGUGGUGCUCAAAUCCAUCAUGAAGGCCAUGAUUCCUCUGCUGCAGAUUGGCAUGCUUCUUUUCUUCGCCAUCCUCAUGUUCGCCAUCAUCGGCCUGGAGUUCUACAUGGGCAAAUUCCACACAACAUGCUAUGACAAUCACACAGGUGAGAUGAAAGAAGAGUAUCCAUGUGGGACAGAGCUUCCGUCGCGGCUGUGUCCAGAGGGCACCUUGUGUCGAAGGUACUGGACGGGACCAAACUACGGCAUCACCCAGUUUGACAACAUCCUGUUUGCUAUCCUCACCGUCUUCCAGUGUAUCACCAUGGAGGGCUGGACUGACCUGCUCUACUAUAGCAACGAUGCCUCAGGGAGUGCAUGGAACUGGAUGUACUUCAUCCCCCUCAUCAUCAUUGGCUCCUUCUUCAUGCUCAACCUAGUGCUGGGUGUGUUGUCAGGGGAGUUUGCCAAAGAGAGAGAGCGUGUGGAGAACAGGAGUGAGUUCCUGAAGCUCAGAAGACAGCAGCAGAUAGAAAGGGAACUCAACGGAUAUCUGGAGUGGAUCUGCAAAGCUGAGGAGGUCAUCUUGGCGGAUGAUGACAAUGUCACGGCUUAUGAUGGCUCACGUAGAAGAGCCACAAAGAACCAUAAGAGCAAAGCUGAGCUGCUGAACCCAGAGGAAGGGGAGGGAGACCUGGCAGUGGGGUCACCGUUUGCCCGGGCCAGCUUGAAGAGCUCCAAGCUGGAAGGAUCAGAUUUCAAGCGGCGAGAGCGACGGCUACGCUUCCUCAUCCGACACGCCGUCAAGUCGCAGGCCUUCUACUGGACCGUGCUAUGCUUGGUCGGGCUCAACACUAUGUGUGUGGCUGUAGUGCACUACGACCAGCCGGAGCCUCUGUCAGAUUUUUUAUAUUUUGCUGAAUUAAUCUUCCUGGGGAUAUUCUUGACAGAGAUGUUUAUAAAGAUGUACGGCCUUGGCAAACAGGCCUACCUCAACUCCUCCUUCAAUUGCUUCGACUGCAUUGUGAUAUGUGGUAGUAUAUUUGAAGUGCUGUGGUCCAUCAUCCAGCCGGGCACGUCGUUUGGCAUCAGCGUGCUUCGAGCUCUCAGGUUAUUGAGGAUUUUCAAAGUCACGAAGUACUGGAAAUCUUUGCGCAAUCUUGUCGUCUCACUGCUCAACUCUAUGAAGUCCAUCAUCAGCUUGCUCUUCCUGCUCUUCCUCUUCAUAGUUGUCUUCGCCCUGCUGGGCAUGCAGCUCUUCGGAGGACAGUUUAAUUUUCUAAAUGGCACUCCUCCGACCAACUUUGACACCUUCCCCGCAGCAAUAAUGACGGUGUUCCAG